AUGAAUAUAAAUAGCAUAGAAGAGUCCCCAAUACUGGAGCAAUUCCUCAAAAGUAGCAGUCCCAUACCUCCACAAUACUAUGAUACCGAAGACGAAUCGGAAUUCGAUUACGAGGAAGAACUGUGGAGGUUGGAUGCUGAAGAACACUUGAAGCUCAGCAUCCAGCAGUUGACCGAUCUAAUCAAUUGUUUCUUCUACCCUCUAUUAGCCAAAUUUUUAGGUCGUCGGACGGCGCACACGAUAUGGAGAAACGUUGCUGAGCACAUCUUCAAGUGA